AUGGCAACCUCGUGCUUCUUGCGUUUUCAACUCUCCCACUACUUCUUCUCCUUACCUUCUUCUUCUUCUUCUUCUUGUCGAUCUCGUUCUUGCACAAGCCAUGCUCAGACUGAGAGCCAGUUCAGAGGAAUCAGACUUCCCGGGGCAGCAUGUUCCCGCCAAGAAACCUCAAGCCAGAGCUUUCUUCCCCCUCUGGGAUUGCGACCCAAUGCUCUUGUACCCAUGAAAGAAAGCCAGGUGAAGACAGCAGUGCGCAACCAAAACAAUGAGAUAGCAACUGAUCAAGUGGGCAGACCAUCAUAUACCUUUCAGUCUUCCCUAAGUGCUAGAUUUGGAUUAAUUUCCUUAAUGCUAGGCCUAAUUCUUGGUUAUGCAGUUAAUCAGAAAGAAAGGACCGCCGCCUAUGCAGUUAUAGAAACAAUGAGAAGGGAACUAAAGGAACUGGAAGAUCAAAUUUCUCUCCUGCAAAGCACCCAUGGAGAACAGAAUGCCUUGAUGAGCAUGGAAUCUGGUAUCUUUAAGCUUUCAGAUAAACUCUCAAAAGUUUCAAAGUUGCUGAAAAGCAGGCUUGACGAUGAUGAACAACUAGAAACCAGAGAGCUCAGGACUGCAAAGGAAGAAGAUCUGCAGAAAUCAGAGGCCAAGCUCCAAAGUGUGUCCGAUGAACUGAGAGAUGCUCUGAAGAACAAAGUUAUCAUGCAGAGAAAAUUAGGUCUUGCCCAGAAAGAGUUGGAUACUGCCGUUAAAGAUUUGAAUGCGGAGAAAAAGUUAGUUGCUUCUUUGAAGGAUCAUGUCCAACUACUGGAGAAUCAAGCGGUAAAAGAAAGAGAGCUUAGAAAAUCUCUUGAAUUGAAGCUGGAGGAGGCUACCGAAUUAGUACGUUUAAUGAAGGUGAAAGCAAAUUUCCUUUUUAAUCAACUAAAGGGUUUCAACUCUCGUAUUCUCAGCCUUGCAGGUGAAAAAGAGGGUCUUCAUAAGCUUCUUGCUGAUGAAAGAAGAACAUUAACACAGACCCAGAAAAAUCUUGAAGAUGCACAGAAUCAGAUCAUGAAGCUUGGGCAGGAGAGAGAGGAUUUAGAGAGCAAGGCAAAUAAACUUGGGAAGGAACUAGAUUCUGCCAAGGGUGCGAUAUUGAGCUUGAAGAGUCAGAAAGUUGUUGGAAAUGUUGAAGAGUAA